AUCAUCAUUUUUUUGUUCUUAUUGUAAGCGCCACAAAUAAAAAGCUGAGUGAGAAAAUGAGUGAGAGUAGAGUGAGUCAAAGUGCCGUCUUCGAACUUUGAAAGCUCAAAAUGCAACUUCUUCUUGCUUCUCUCACCACCCUUUAAGCCAUUUUCCACUGUUAAAGUUUUUAGCUUCUUCAAAAAUGGUGGAAGAUAAAGAUUAUGGAAGAAAGGCCAAGAUUGCAGUUGUAGCAAUUGUUGUACUUGCUUCUGUUGCUGUCUUUGCUUCUUUUGUUGCCUUUGCUUACUAUUGUUACAUCAGUAACAAGGUUUCCAAGCGUAGGCGCAAAAACCAUAAAGUCGAGGAUGCCAAUGUUAACGAGAAAAGUGACUUUGCAAACCUGCAAGUUGUUGCCGAGAAAGGACUUCGGGUGUUCACUUUCAAGCAGUUACAUUCUGCCACCGGAGGAUUCAGCAAGUCAAAUGUGGUUGGUCAUGGUGGAUUUGGACUUGUUUACCGUGGAGUUCUCAAUGAUGGAAGGAAGGUUGCGAUUAAAUUGAUGGAUCAAGCUGGAAAGCAAGGAGAAGAAGAGUUUAAAGUCGAGGUUGAAUUGCUAAGUCGGUUGCAUUCUCCAUAUUUGCUUGCAUUGCUUGGAUACUGCUCUGAUCAUAAUCAUAAGCUGCUGGUGUAUGAAUUUAUGGCGAAUGGUGGCCUUCAGGAACAUCUUUAUCCUAUCAGCAAUAACAAUUCGAGUGUCGUGUCUGUUAAUCUAGAUUGGGAAACUCGAUUAAGAAUAGCACUUGAAGCUGCCAAGGGUUUGGAAUAUCUUCAUGAACAUGUCAGUCCUCCUGUGAUUCACAGAGAUUUUAAGAGCAGCAACAUCCUCUUGGACAAAAAAUUUCAUGCUAAAGUUUCUGAUUUUGGAUUAGCAAAGCUUGGAUCUGAUAGAGUCGGUGGACACGUUUCAACUCGCGUUUUAGGCACUCAGGGAUACGUUGCCCCCGAAUAUGCACUAACAGGGCAUUUAACAACAAAAUCAGAUGUGUACAGUUAUGGUGUUGUACUUUUGGAGCUUCUAACCGGCAGAGUGCCAGUUGAUAUGAAGAGACCUCCGGGAGAAGGCGUACUCGUUACUUGGGCUUUGCCACUUUUGACUGAUAGAGAAAAGGUUGUAAAGAUUAUGGAUCCAUCAUUGGAGGGGCAGUACUCAAUGAAAGAUGUUAUCCAAGUAGCGGCGAUUGCGACAAUGUGUGUGCAACCAGAAGCAGAUUAUAGGCCUCUCAUGGCUGAUGUUGUGCAGUCUUUGGUUCCAUUGGUGAAGACUCAAAGAUCCAACUCAAAACUAGGCAGCUGCUCUAGUUUCAAUUCCCCUAAGUUGUCUCCUGGCCCUACUCAAUAUCCAGUUAAUGCAAAUAUGUAAUGUAUAAUCAAUAUUUAAAUGAAGGCUAAUCACCAGAAUUAGAUUUGUAUGCUUUGGUAGUCUAUGGUUUCUUUGUAACCUUAAAGACUUCAACCAUAUAUAUGGACUAUGGUGCCCUUUUGUAAGGAAAAAAUGAUGGUUUUAAAUGGUUCAAGUUGAUCAAAGAUGGUUUAUAUAUUUUAAAGCAUGAAGAAAUGCACACAACUCAAUCACUUUUCUUCAA